AUGAUGAGUAGCGGUUCAGUUGCAGUUCAUCCCGAUUCAUCAGUUCAAUUAUUAGCUGAAGAAGCAACACUUCUUGAAAAUCUUGAUUCUAAAGCUGCACAUGAUGCUUUAUCUGAAGCUCAUCGCCGAUUAGGAACAGCUAAAGAUGACAAGCAAAAAGCUGAAGCACAAAUUGAAAUUGAUUGUGCUGAAGCUGCUAUUAAAGCUUCGUCUGGCAUUUUUCAAUAA